GCCUCAAAGAAUCAUUGAAAGAAAUCUUAAAACAAACUUUGCGAGUUUUCAAGAUCAGUAGCAGUUUGAAACGCGAGAGUAACGGACAACCGAGCAAUAACUUUCCGAUUCGUUUGGCGGACGGAAAGAAAGCGCGAUUUGAAUUUGAUUUUAUUUUGUGUGUGUGUGUGCAUGUGUGGUGUUGUAUUUCAAUACUUUAUCACCACCAAUUCCAACAAUUGUGCUGGCAGACCUUUGGUUGACGAAAAAUAAUCAUUCCAAAUAUCUGUGGCGAAAAAAGCGGACAAAAUUUGUUUGCCGUAAAAAUUGAAAAUUAAAACAAAAAUGUAUUGAAAAACGGAAAAACCUAAAACAAAUUUAAUAAGAAAAUCUCGCAAACAAAUAAACAAACAUAAAGAGAGGGGUCGGCCUUAUCUCCCUUCGUAAUGUCAUAAAACGAUCCCGCAAUAUUUUAAUACACAAUAACAAUACCAACAACAAAACACAUCUAUCUAAAUCACCAAAGAUAAAGUGCAACGACCGUUCCGGCUCGGCUUCUUUUUCUUUUAAUUCAACGAGUAUUGAAAUAAAAAGAAAAUCAAAUCAGAAUCAAAUAUCAAGUGAAAUUUGUGACCCCCUCCAAUCAAAUAACGCCUAAAACAUGAGGCGCUUCAAGUGCUCCGUGUUAGUGUAUUUAUUUCUAAUAUUUCCGGCGUCACAUCAUGCCUUCAACAUCAUCGGCAUCAACAAACAAAUGCUGUACGAAUAUGUGGGUACAGUACAGGUUGGUGCCAAAGCGCCGCAGGACGAAGAAUUGCCAGCACCACCAACCUCUGGCUGGAUAGUGAGGGGUAAAUUAACAUUACAGAGGCAAAGUAACAGUACACUGGCGGCAGCGCUCGUCAUUGACGAUGUCACUCUUAACAAUUCCGGUGAAAAGUUCCUGCAAAACAAAGAAAUGUAUCCAACCUAUAAACCCUUCAAAAUUGCCCUUACCUCUGAGGGGGCCAUCAAACAUUUGGUCUUCAAGGAAGGCGAUCCAAUUUGGUCUACCAAUUUCAAGCGAGCCAUAGCAUCAAUGAUACAAUUUCAGACCAAAAAGUCCGGGGCUUUUGUGGUGGAUGAGAUGGGUAUCCAUGGUGAAUGUCAAACGGAAUAUUUCAUUUCGAACAAAACGAAUUACAUUUCCAUACGUAAAACACCCGAGCUGAGUACCUGUAAACCCUAUGCCGAAUCCAUACACAUUACGCGUAGUAAUGUUCCGACAAAUACGUGUAAAUUUGAUUUCCAACAAAAUGUGAUUAGCGGUAAUGAGGCCAUAUUUGGUAUGUUGCCACAUCCGGAGACGGGAUAUUUCUUGAGCAUGGCUCAUGUGAAGGGUUCGACACUGAUUCACACCUUUGAGUCGACCGGUGAAGCUCAGUUCAUUAAUUCAGAACUACUCCUAAAUUUCCUCAACGAAACGACAAUCGAUAACCCCAUCGAUGUGGAGACUUCCAUGAGUUCAGUGGAAACCGGUUUACAAUUACUACCCAUCGAAUUGAAUGAUCCCACGGGGGGACGUAAUCCACAGCAACAGGAAACCCUUAUCAAAACAGCUUCACGUCUUUUGGACAACUUAGCCGAAGGUCUUGAGAUAUCCAAUUAUAAAUUUACCGAACCCUAUGAUGCCACAGUAUCCGAUGUAAUACGCCUACUAACUGAAAUGGAUUUUGAAUCUUUAAAGAAAUUAUACACCGAAGUGGAUAUUGGUACCUCCUAUCGUCAGGAGACCAUACGCAACAUAUUCCAUGAAAUAAUACCAAGGAUUGGCACUAAAGCUUCAGUAUUCUUGACCCGUUAUUUGGUGGUGGAAAAAGAAACCAAAUCGACCAUUGCGGUCCAAUUACUGGUCUCAAUGCCUUUUCAUAUUUUCGAGCUAUCCCAUGAAUUGGUUAAGGAAUGUGAAGUUUUUCUCACGUUGGGCCCCGAUCGACCUGAUGUCAGGCAGGCGGCCAUAUUAAGUUUUGCCACUUUGGUGUAUAACGUGCACAUUGCCGGUGCCAUAAAUCGUGAUAUUUUUGAGGAUUAUGUCCAGAAGUAUUUUAAUUUUUAUUUAAGUUCCCGCGACUACGACACCAAAAUGCUGUAUCUGCAAGGUUUAAGUAACUUACAGGUUGGCAAUGUGGCAAAUUACUUGGAUCCCAUUGUCAGUAAUGGUGAGGAGAAUCAGGAUAUCAAAUUCUUGGCUGCAUGGACAACAUUAUCAUUGGCGCCCAAUCGUGCGGAAAGGAUCUAUGAAAUCUAUUGGCCCAUAUUCGAGUCGCGUAAUGCCAGUUUGGAACUGCGUGUUGCGGCUGUAACUCUGCUAUUGAUCUCCAAUCCUACCGCUGCCCGUCUAAUAAGUAUACAUCGCAUCAUACAAAGUGAAACCGAUCCUCAUAUGAUCAAUUACUAUAGGACCACCAUAACAAGUAUUUCGGAGACCACAUAUCCAUGCUAUCAAAAUUUGCGACGUCUUCUAUCCUACAUGCAUCGUCAUUUACCCCAAAAGCCGGAGCCCCGCUAUUGGGUAACUGGUAAUUACAUCUUCGAUUAUCGUGAUUCGAAAUUCGGUAUUGGUGCCAUGCUACAGGCCUUCUUGGUGGGUGAUCCUAAAUCCGAUUUACCCGUGGUGGCUUAUUUACAAUUCGAUACAGAGGCUUUGGGUAAAUUUACGGGACAAAUGGCGUUAUACAUCAAAGCCCGUGGCCUGCCGGAUAACUUGUUCAAGGCUUUUAUGAACAUCAAUGGUAACCCCACCAAAUACAUUAACAUACAAAAUCUACUCAAACUUUUGGAUGCUCCGAUUGUGGCCACCAAGCCGUUGCAUUUGGAAUUCAUUUUGAAAAUGGAAGGCAAAACGGUGCUGUCGUAUUACUUGAAUGAACGGACCUAUCAGAAGAUUACCUAUUAUGAUUUAAUUGAUCGUAUUAGUUUCUUGAUUCAUGCCGAUUCCCAUAUCAACAUGCAAACGGUACGCUGGCCCUUCAUGACGAAGUAUGUUGUGCCCACUGUGUUGGGUACCCAUGCUGAUGUGUUGCUGCAGACCACAGUGCUGACUUCGCUGCGUGGUAAUAUCACCCAAUAUCAUGAGACCAAGGUCAAACAAUCGUCGUUGGAAAUUGAUGCCCGCUAUUCAUCGUAUGCCUCAUGCCGCAGCCGAAGUUAUAAUCCUUUCCUAAAUUUGGAUCAUGAAAUUAAUCGUGAACAAGGUUUUCUCAUUUAUAUUCCGCUGUAUUUGAGAUUAAAUUAUUAUGCAGGGGCCUGUUGGGAAUAUACAUUCACGCGUCCGGAAAAUCUUACAAGUGGUCUGUCGUUUAAAUCACGUUCGGUGACCAUAACCAAGGGAUUGAUAACGAAAUCGGCCAAUGAACCUUUUGAGGAGAUCAUGUAUCCGGAGCGACAUCAUGAUGUGUUCCAGUUAUUCAAAUACGACAUGGAGGAUUUGGGUAUGUCCAUUGUGAUCAAUACCAAUUUGAAUGAGUUGAACAAAUAUCGUGGCAUGUUGGUGAAAUCGGAAUUCAUGGAAAAUGGCUUCUCGCGCAACAUGAUCAUCAAUUUCCUGAUGUAUGUCUUCGGUGUGGCCCAGCUGAGUUCCAUACAUUUGGGUCAUGAUCGUAACUUUACCAUGUUGAUAUCGAAUGAUAAGUUUACAAAGAUUGAGGGUGCCAUUUGCAGUACGGAAGAGUUGAAGUCCCAUGAUCAAUCUCUGCGUCACAUAAAUUUCACACUCCAGCACACCGAUGAUCAACAUCAGGAUCAGGAUUUGCACAAAUGGAUUAUCGAUAUGGAUGUGGAGUCAUCGAAGAAAACAACAUGGUUUAAUAUUGCCGGAAAUGUCCAGCGUAGUGCGGUUUCGAAGGAGCCUCAUGCAAAUAGCUCAGAACCCAAGGAUUGGAAGGCCUGCGUCAAUGUCACCUAUGCCCCCUUGGUGUUUACCAAACGUCCUCACACAUUAAUGGGUUCAAUAACAUUCGGUAAUGCCACAACAGAUAACGCAUGUCCCGUUGAAGGUUCCAGCAUAACGUUUAAUAGCAGAGCUGGGCCCUCGGAUCGUGCACGAGAAUUCCUGCUCUCCGAUAAUCCAUUGACCGAUACCGGUUUUUGUCCCAAGGAAGUAUUAAAAUUCACCCCAAUACCCACCUCGAAAUACUGCAAAAGAAGUAAUUUUGAGAACUUUACCUCGGUUACCAAAUACGAUAUGGAUGUGCAGUUCAAUAAUAUGCCCGAUUGGUUUGAUUUGUGGUCCAGCCGUUUGGAUCACUUUGUCUCGUCCUUCUCUCAUGACAAAGUCGAUCGCCUUGACAUGAACAAAGAGAUACACCUGUCCAUAAAUUCCCCCAAUGACCACUUUUGGUUAACAAUUGAGGUCAAUGGUGUGCGCCGUCGUAUUUAUCACAUACCCUUCAUACAGAAACUGGAUUCGAAAUAUGAUGCGUCCCAUGAGAUCCUAUAUGAUUCUGGAGUGAAACGUUCCUGCUCAGUUAUCAAUGGCAUGGUAAACAGUUUCGAUGACUAUCUCAUCGAUUUGGCUGACUAUCACAAGGUCACGAAGGCAGAUAAUUGUCAAACCCUGUUGGCGGCCGAUUGUAGCCCCCUGCGUGAAAUGGCCAUAUUCUUGAUGCCAUCAUUUGAAAAUAGCCUGAGUUCAAAUUAUGGCCUGCGAGUUUAUAUUGGUGAAAAUUAUUUCACUUUCAAAUCGACCAAUAGUACCGAUGACAAGGCUCCCGUUUUGAUAACCUUGAAUGAUAAUGAGAAAACUGUGAAUGUACGAGAGAAACCCUAUCAAUAUCCCGAGGAGGGGAACAAGUUGGAAUUUAGGGUCGAAGUCAACGAACAAAACAUUUUGAUUGUGGAGAACAAUUUAAUGCCCUCCACCAUACAAUUCGAUAUGUUGAAUAUUCUCAAUUUGGAAAUAUUCUCGGUGUACAAGAAUAAAAUGUGUGGUCUGUGCAGCAAACCGCUGAACAGUAUGCGCAACUAUACCCUGUGUGCAUAACGCCCAAAAGCAUGCUUCCCAAAAUGUUUUUUAAACAAAUUAUAACAUUCUUUUUUUUUAAUUUCUUCCUUUAACGUCGUUUACGUUUUCCCCCCAACAACUUUUCUUUUUAUUUAGAGUUAAUAAUUAUGAGAUUAUGAACCUUGUUUGUCUAAACUAUUUAGAAAAAAACCCAAAGCUAACUAAGAGCUAUAGAAUUAAUUGUAUGUGACAAAAAAAAUUAUCUUUGGCUUUAAAAAAAUCAAUGAAAAAUUCUUGCCAGGCAGAUGUAAAAA